AUGAAGCCAGCGGCGCGUGUACCAGCGGUGGCUGUGCUCCUCGCCGCCGCCGUCGCCGCCGCGGCAGUGUCCGGUACUGCGCCAGCGCCGGCGCUUACCCUGCACCGCACGGUGCCUCUGUCGGCGGCGCGGCUGGAUCAUCUGCAGGAGCUGGACCGGGUGCGGCUGUCCAGGAGGGUUGGCGUGCCGGAGUUCGGCCUGCUGGGCAUGCCCGGGAUCUAUUAUACACGUGUGACAUUGGGCAACCCACCGAAACAGUACUCUCUGCAAUUUGACACUGGUAGCAACCUCAUGUGGCUUAGAUGCAGCCCCUGCACUGAUUGCCCGCUGUCAGGCCAACUUGAUGCCUCCUUGUACUUCCCCAGCAAUUCUUCGACAUCGUCCAACAUAUCAUGCUCUGAUGACUUCUGCAAAGAUGCCCUCAAAACAGGGCAUUCCAUCUGUCAAGCCUCGGGCACUACAAGCAACCAAUGUGGUUAUUCGCAGGCAUAUGCUGGUGAAACUAGCACGGAAGGGUAUUACGUGUCUGAUGUCAUGCAUUUUGACACUGUCAUGGAAAAUGAAAAUGAGUCGGCCACCGUCUCUUCUGCCUCUGUCAUUUUUGGAUGUAGCAACUCGUUGUCAGGGCAAGUGCAAACAGAUGGAUUUAUGGGGUUUGGAAAGGAUGCACCAUCUGUUAUCUUGCAACUGAGCUCUCAGGGGGUUUCUCCGAAGGCCUUCUCUCACUGCCUGACAAGUUUAGAUGAUGGUGGUGGCAUUGUUGUUCUCGGUGAAGUUGUAGAGCCGGGAAUUGUAUUUACUCCACUCGUUCAAUCACAGUAAGAAUUUCCAAGUUUGUAUUUCUCGAUGGUUCAGUUGUUCCAGCACUGUACUUUUCUUCCCUGUUUUGGUGGUACAAAUAUAAUAUUUAUCUAUAUUUGUGCACUGUACUUUGAUUGUAAUUUCACGGAGU